UUUUGUAGACUGGUUGUUGAUACUUUGAUUCAACCUUGCACAGCUAAGAUUGCUCUUGAUACUCCUAACACCAUUGAAACCAGCAACAUUAAUCUCUUGCUCCCUUGGGUAUUCCAUAAACUCCAUCACGAUAAGCAAUCCGACCCAUCGGGCCAUAAACAGGUAUCCCUUUCAAUCAAUAACGUAUUUGCCCUUACCCUUAACAGCAGAAUUUCCAUCCAUCGCGCCCCCGCUCCUAGCCAAUAACCUUCUCGCAGCAUUCCUGCCACUCCCCUCCCCAUCAGCCGUUCCGUCGCCUCCCACUCCAGUCUCAAUCUGAUGUGCAUACGUACUCGGCCUGUUUAUCUCCGCCGUGUCCCUCGCCGCAUUGAACUUUUCAUAAAUCAGCUCCACCAACCUUUCUACAUCUUCCUCCCCUACAUCCCCCGCCAAUUCCAGCCUCGCAGCCGUCUCCUCAAUAAAGUCCUUUACUUUCUGCAUCUGAUACUCAUCCUUCCGCAGCCGAUCUGGCAGACCCUGUCCUUUUAGCAACGCAAGUAUACCAGCUGUCGAUGUGUUCACUAUGCCUAGGACGGUGAUUGAGCGGGGAUGCAGGCCGGACAUGGGACCCAAAGAGACGAGCGUUGCGCCGAUGAGGAUUUGCGCGAGGAGUGCGGUGUAGUAGAGGGCUUCGAUGGCAUGGUAGUGGAGGGAGAGGCGCUUCUGGAGGCGGAGAACUUCUUUGUAGAGGCCGUGGGGUUUGGAGGGCUGACUCCCGGCUUCCAGGUCGGUAUUGCUGUUGAGGCCGAUGGCGAUGCGGAAUUUGACGAGGUUGGGUGAGAGGAGGGGUGUAGAUGGUUUGGGCGGCGGAUUCAGGAGAGGGGAUUGUUCAGAUGACAUGUCUGCAUUGCAGGUUGGUAGCUUUCAGAGUACGUGUCGAUAUGUCGGCUGUUGUUGUCACUGUUGCUGUCGUUGUCGUUGUCGUUGGAUCCUCAGCCUCGUCGAAGAAGGCUCGCAAGUGGAGCAGGGAUACAGAUGGAUGGAUGUCGAUGUCUCGCAUGUGGGUGUCUUGGCAGCCAGAUUCAAUUUAAACUCAUCCCAUGAUCCCAUCCCCUCGUCUCGACGAGUCGACUUCCCGCCAAUAAUCCAAUCAUUAUCAGUCCAUAUCCAAAGCCAAGGGACGAGACGAGCCGAAGUUUAGGCCCUGGACGCUGCCGCUCUCGGCCCAGUCGGCCUCCCGCUGAGUCGCGCAGCUGGCCCCGUCCCAACGCCAUCCCUUGAUCAAUCCCUUCAAUCCCACGAUCCCACCCCAUCCCUUUCAUUCUUCCACUGGUAAGGUAACUUUCCCCUCCCCCCUGCUUUACAGUACCUUAAACCUAAUGUCUCACUCAGCCUCGAUCCUCAUGGUGCCGACUAUCAGCCCUCAAACAUCUCCAUUUUCCAAUGCCCUUCCAGAACAAUGUAACCUUUCAGAUAGAUAUAAAUAAAUUGGAGCCCGCCAGAUCAUCUCACGAGCUUCGCCUCGGCUGCCGGGCUCCAAAGCUUUUUUAUUACAGUAGAUGUCCCCGACCUCAACCCAGCCAACCUUCCCCAUGCGGUUGUCUCUCCGGUCCACUAGCAUCGGCAGAUGUCGAAUCCAGCCACGGUUCCUGAGCCACGCUGGAGAUGCGGAUAACUUCAUUGGUGCGCAGCACCACAGCCAAGGAGGAGACACCUCGGCCUGUGGCACUAAUUGGUUUGUAUGCAGAGACAAGAUUCCAAGGGGGUCCUCCUGUAGAGGGGUAGAGAGCUCCUGUCAUUAAUGUACUGUACUACUGGGUGAUGUGAACAUUGAGAUAAGUACUGCUGUCAUUCCUCCUCUUUCUUUCUUUUGUCUUCACUUCCUCGCGACGACGUUGUCUUUCCUCAGUAUACUUGGGGUCUUGUAUUUGAUUCCCUCUCCAUCUCUCAAUCAAAAUGCAAUUCUCAAGUAUCGUUGCUGUUGCGCUGGCAUUUGCCACAACUGGCCAUGCGCAGAACCCUAACCCUCCAACCGGGGCAGCAGCAGUUGAAGCAGCUCGGGCUACAGCAAAGACGCUGAGUCCCGUGAGUUCAAUUAGGGGAAAGACAUUCGACCGAUUCGUGCAAAUCUGGCUAGAGAACACAGACUUCGACAUGGCGGCCGGAGAUCCAUCCCUUCAAUGGGUAGCCAGUCAAGGAAUCACCCUCACGAAUUAUAAGGCCAUCACCCAUCCCAGUCAGCCAAACUACGUUGCCAGCGUAGGUGGGCAGACACACUGGGUUUUGGGUGACUGGACAUCCCGCAUCGAUAAGAAAGUAAAGACUAUUGUUGAUUUAUUGGAGCCAGCCGGUGUGAGUUGGAGUGUGUAUGGGGAGGACAUGCCGUAUUCUGGCUUCCAGGGAGACUAUGUUAACCAGAAGACUGGCGCAAACGAUUAUGUUCGAAAACACAACCCGCUCAUGUGUUAUGAUUCCGUGACAUCAGUUGAAGACCGUCUCGCCAAAUCCAAGAACUUCACCAUGUUCCAGAAAGAGCUUACACAAGGCUUGUUACCUCAGUGGAUGUUCCUCACUCCAAACAUGACGAACGAUGGCCACGACUCAUCUAUCACAGUCGCUGGAUCAUGGGCAAAGUCCUUUCUCCAACCCCUCCUCACCAACAAGAACUUCAUGGAAAGAACUCUCAUUCUCUUGAGCUUCGACGAAACAGAGGACUACUUCAGCAGCAACAAAGUCUUCUCCGUCCUACUCGGCGAUGCCGUCCCUGUCGCUCUGCGCGGAACCAAGAAUGACACUGCUUUCAACCACUAUAGUGCUCUCUCUGCGGUGGAGAAUAAUUGGAACUUGGGAAAUCUAGGGGAGGGAGAUGUCAAGGCGAAGCCAUUCUUUUAG